AUGGCAGCUGGCCUCAACCCACCGUGCUCGGGGCAGGAGGGGGAGGGGAGUCAGCAGCAAGAAAGGCUAAGUGUGGCUGUCGGGAAAGACUGGGCCACCUUUGCCGUAGGCCCAGGCCACGGGGUCCAGCUGCGCUCGGGCCGUCUGCUGGUGCCCGCUUAUACCUACCGCGUGGAUCGACGGGAGUGUUUUGGCAAGAUCUGCCGGACCAGUCCUCACUCUUUUGCUUUCUACAGUGAUGACCACGGCCGCACCUGGCACCGUGGCGGCCUUGUGCCUAAUCUGCGCUCGGGGGAAUGCCAGCUGGCGGCAGUGGACGGAGGCCUCCUCUACUGCAACGCGCGGAGCCCCCUGGGCAGCCGCGUGCAGGCGCUCAGCGCGGACGGGGGCACCUCCUUCCUCCCUGGGGAGCUCGUGCCCACGCUGCCUGAGACCGCCCGGGGCUGCCAGGGCAGCAUCGUGGGCUUCCCGGCCCCUCCCCUCAGCUGGACUCGGGGUGAGGGGUGGUGGCUGGCUGCCAGGAGCCCCCCUCACCCUCCCUGUCCCUCUCCUGGACUCCAGGACUCUCCCAGGGAGGAUGCUCAGGGCACUCGUGGGGGCUGGGUGCCCAGAGGACCCUGUUGCCACCCACAACCCUGGGGAGAUGCCACAAAGCAGCCGGGUCCAGAACCUGCAUGGGUCCCGCUGCGGUCCACGCGCUCCACGUCCCCACCUCCGGGCCCCACCUGGCUGCUUUAUUCUCACCCUACAGGCCACAGAGCCAGGCUCCACAUGGGGAUUCGCCUGAGCCGGUCCCCACCGGACCUCCACAGCUGGACGGAGCCCUGGGUGAUCUACGAGGGCCCCAGUGGCUACUCGGACCUGGCAACCCUUGGGCCUGUUCCUGGGGCAGCCCUGGCAUUUGCCUGUCUGUUUGAGAGUGGGGCAAGGGCCUCCUAUGAGGACAUCUCCUUCUGCAUCUUCUCCCUGCGUGAAGUCCUGGAGAAUGUGCCCACAGGUUCAGAGCCACCCGGUUACAAAGAUAAGCCAUGGGGGCGCUGCAGCCCCUCCUGA